AAAUUGUGAUUGGCCGGUAGUUGCCUCGGCCAAAGUGCAUCCGGAGUGUCCUCUCUCUCCAUCCAGGUGUUUGUCACUCAAGGAGGCAAGACGCACGUUGCCCCCGCAAGAUGGAGCAGUCAAAUCAAGGGACGAAGGAAGGGAGGCUCACCCUCCUGCUGGCUCUGGCGACCCUGAUCGCGGCCUUCGGCUCCUCCUUCCAGUAUGGGUACAACGUGGCCGCCGUCAACUCCCCAUCAGAGCUCAUGAAGCAGUUUUACAACGACACUUACAGUGACAGAACUGGGGAGCUCAUCGGCACCUUCCCCUUGACCUUGCUGUGGUCUCUGACUGUGUCCAUGUUCCCCUUCGGAGGCUUUAUCGGGUCCCUCCUGGUCGGCCCCUUGGUGAAUUAUUUUGGCAGGAAAGGAACCUUGCUCUUCAACAACAUUUUUUCCAUCGUGCCUGCCAUCUUCAUGGGAUGCAGUAAAAUUGCCAAGGCCUUUGAGCUUAUAAUUAUUUCCAGAUUUUUGGUGGGAAUAUGUGCAGGUGUGUCUUCCAAUGUGGUCCCUAUGUACUUAGGGGAGCUGGCCCCUAAAAACCUGCGGGGGGCUCUGGGGGUGGUGCCCCAGCUCUUCAUCACCAUCGGCAUCCUCGUAGCCCAGCUCUUUGGUCUUCGGAGUGUCCUCGCCAAUGAGGAAGGCUGGCCGGUCCUCCUGGCGCUGACCGGGGUCCCCGCAGUGCUGCAGGUCCUGCUGCUCCCCUUCUUCCCCGAGAGCCCCCGGUACCUGCUGAUUCAGAAGAAAAAUGAAGACGCUGCCAGAAAAGCCCUGCGCAGGCUGCGCGGCUGGGACGACGUGGGCCAGGAGGUAGAGGAGAUCCGGCGGGAGGACGAGGCGGAGCGCGCCCAGGGCUUCAUCUCGGUGAGGAAGCUGUUCCGCCUGAAGUCCCUGCGCUGGCAGCUCAUCUCCAUCAUCGUCCUCAUGGCCGGUCAGCAGCUGUCCGGCGUGAACGCGAUCUACUACUACGCAGACGGGAUCUACUCCGACGCCGGCGUGAAGGCCAAUGACGUCCAGUACGUGACGGCUGGCACCGGGGCCGUCAACGUGGUCAUGACCUUCUGCACUGUGUUGGUGGUGGAGCUCUGGGGCAGGAAGCUGCUGCUCCUCCUCGGCUUCUCCACCUGCGUCCUGGCCUGCACUGUGCUGACGGUGGCUCUGGCGCUGCAGGACACCGCUCCCUGGCUGCCCUACGUCAGCAUUGCCUGCGUCAUCAUCUAUGUCAUAGGACAUGCCCUCGGGCCCAGUCCCAUCCCCGCGCUGCUCAUCACCGAGAUCUUCCUGCAGUCCUCCAGGCCGGCUGCCUUCAUGGUCGGGGGCAGUGUCCACUGGCUCUCCAACUUCACCGUGGGCUUGAUCUUCCCCUUCAUUCAAGUGGGCCUCGGCCCCUACAGCUUCAUCAUCUUUGCCAUCAUAUGCCUCCUCACCGUCAUCUACACCUUCCUGAUUAUCCCCGAGACCAAGUCCAAGACCUUCAUAGAGAUCAAUCAGAUCUUCGCCAACUUGAACAAGGUGCCAGGAGUCCACCCGGAGAAGGAGGAACUGAAAACCUUCCCGUCUGCCCCAGAGAAGCAGCAGUGAAGACGAGGCUGUGGAACAGUCCGCGUGGGGCCUCCUCCCGGGACACUCCCCUGACCUGGUCGCCUGUGACAUCCGGAAGUGGCACGAGUCUGGCGGGGAAGGCAGGUCUCACGGCUGACCUCCCCACGCGGUGGGACAGUCCAGGGGGCCUCCGUGCUGUUCUCCCAUCUGGUCACUCUCCCAGCCCCGUGUCAGCACACCGCUGGACCUCACCUGCUGGGCUAGCUGCUGCGGGGCUCUUGGUGACACUGCUUUUCUAACACACGUAGUUACUACAGGGUCAGAUGGGAGGAAUCCAGCUUUGUCAGUGACACUAACUCUCCUCUGUGGCCCCCACGAACCUCCUGGGGCCACCAGCAUCUGUGGAAAGCUGAAUUCAUCCUCUGAUCUGACCCUUUUCCUGACUUGGAAAGUGUGGUGUCAAGAAUAAUGAUGUAGAGAAGACUGGAGAAGGAUCCCUGGGGAGACAUUAGCUGAGUUCAGACUAAUCCUAAAUUAUAUUGCUAGUGGAAAUGGAAUUGCUUCUGUAUAGUCAAUAAAAUGGAUCUGAGAACUUUCCACCAAGGUGCACCCAAUUC